AUGGCCUGUGCGACCGCGCUGAUAUUGAAUGCUUCGCAACCGUUGCCGCCCUACCCACUGAAGCACGAGUGCUUCGAAUGCCAGGUCUUCCACGACCGCUUGGUGCUCCCCGCGCGACAUCCCUCAGUCCGCUGCCUUCUGAAGGCGCAGCACCAGCCCAUCGAGGCGGUGGAUGCUGAGGGCGCGAUGGCCAGCCUCCACAAUGGACACGUCAGAAAGGAACUGGUUCAGCACAUGCUGCGUUGUCGCCAGAAGUCAGGGCGGCUCUUCUGGAGCCUGAAGCUGCGAGGCCUGGUUUCCUCCCUCAGGCCGGAGCACAUCAUCGAGGCGUUUCUUCUGUGUGCGCCGGCACCGUGUUCCUCCUCAGAUGCCAGUGCGUGGCUGGCAUCAACGUACUUGGAAGGGAACCGACGCGCGGGUGUGUUCCGUCCCGCGGCGCCCCAAGCCACCUGUGCAGGUAGAGGCUUCCGCGAACUGCCGCCACGGCUCGCCUUCCCAGCAGAGUCGCAGGAAGCCAUCGCCGAGCUUCUCCACCAGAUGGCACCACCACCAGGAAUGGGUCCAUCGAUCCUGAGCCAUGGACCAGGACACCCCUUGGCGGGGCAGAUCUCCUUUUUCGUGACUCCCGGCUUCAGUGUGGCUGGCCGAGAGGUCCUCGAGACACAGGGCGGCUGCCGGCGAGGCGUCGCCGCCCUCUUCGCUGGUGCCUGGCGCUUCUCCGAGCGCACGGCCUCGGGCAUCCAUCGCCACCUGCUCCGACCACUCCGUGCAACGGCUUUCGCCGUGGCAAGUGGCGCCCACCGCCGUGACGAACACCGUCUGCGGCGGCUUUGGCCCACACUGGCUCGCAUCAAACGGGUGCAGGACCUUUCCUACGAGGAGCUGCGCGCAAGCAUCAAGCCUACUGCGCUGGCGCUCUACGAGGCCCUCGGCUCUGGGGCACUGUCACCCCUCCGCGGAAACCCCGCGGGUGCCAACCUGCAGAGCCUGCGGAAGCUCAUGAUGGUGCUCGAGCUGGCGCGAGACUUCGAGAAUCAGCGCGGCUGUCGCUUCGAUUGGCUGGUGCACAGCCGUCUGGACAUGAUUUGGGUGGCUGACCAUCCGCCGCUGGCCUUUUUCGACAAGACCAGGAUUUGGACGGCACCCCUCCUGGGCGCCCGCGGCUGGCAGCACCAGAACAGGUUCAUCAUCAACGACUGGCACGCCGUUGUCCCUCGUCAUCUGGCCAACGCCUACUGGGGCCGAUGGGGCUUCAUCCAAAAGGGGUGGGCCCCUUGGACCCCAGUCAGCGAGCCGGGCGAGCUGCUUGCGGGCGUGCUGGAAGUGCUCCAAGUCCAAACGGGCCAGUUUGAUGCCGUUUUCUGCCUGGAGCACUGCCACGCUUGGGCCUGCCAGUUCAAAUCCUGGCUUUCAGAUGAAAUGCGGGCAUCGCGCUGGCGAUGGCCAGAUAGCAGGCUGGUCUUGAUCACGGUCCGUAAGCGCAGCUAG